AUGCCGACACGAUAUCCCGAAGAAGAUCUCACUGUGGCUUUGGGUGUCAUUCGCACUCGGCGACCAGAAGUUCACAAAACUGCCGCCGGAACUGGUAGACAGCUUAUUCUCAGCUUCGUCGAUGAAAACCGCGGCGGUCGAUUUAACGAAGAAGGGGCAGAGCCGAAAUUCGCUGAGUUCGCGCGCCAGGCUGCUCCGUUGCUGAGGCAUGGCAUUUUUGGAAAGCUGAGGACGUGCAUUCAUGAAUGCGCCUGGAAAGCAAAGGAUUUGCGAUCCAACAGAAAGAAAAAUCAGCAAAGAUUGAUGCUCGCGUCAUCUGGAUUUUCUGACGAGUUGGCUGCUGAUCUCGUCGCUUUAAUGUGGCAAAACUCGGUCGACAUUCUUGAUCGUGAAGAUGAUGACGAGGUCAACUUGAACCAAUUCAAGUCUCUUCGUUUGUACUCCAAAAUUAUUUUCGUCCCAGAAUUAGUUAUGCUCGGUUUUCAUGAGAACAUCCUGUCGAGCCUUGACGAGUCAUCUGAGCACUUGAUGAAUAAGGAGAUUCUGAAUCUUUCGCCCACAGAGGAGUCCCUCGCAUUUUUAGAGUUCGACCUUCCAACGGGAAAUACUUCUUCAACGAGACUUGACUCUUCUUUUGAGUUCGUCAACCUCCUCGAUUACGAAGUUUUUCAAGAUGUUUCCGUCGAGUUUGGUGGCAAUUUCCAUAUUUCUCUUGGAAUAGAACCAAGUUAUGCCAGCCAUUUAGCAACAAGACAAGUGGUGCCUACGAGGCAAAUGGUGGACGAAAAAAUAAGACCCUGCUCGUCCUGUGAAGCUAACGUCGCCAUCAAGGUGAAGAAUCUCUCAAUCCCAAUUUUCGUCCUGAUGCACUUUGGUGACGGGGUCAUCCAACAGAUUGACGGGGUUUGGACUGGAACCGGCGUUAGUGACCCAAAAGUUGAGAUGCAAUUCACUGAUCUUUGGUUCUGCUAA